UGACGCCACCAUUUUUCAAUUUUGGCGACUCAACUGAGAAGUGUAGAAGCAAAAAGAAUCUGCUCCCAUCGUUGCUCCGUUUUUGAUUAUUUCUUCGAUUUGCAGUUCAUAUUAAAGACAUUUUUUCGCGUAAAAACUAGUGAGAAAACUGAUAAAGAUGCCUGAGCUGACCAAAAACAAGAAUAAGAAGACGAAGGCCGCGUCCUCUACCUCCAACUCUGGGGAGGCGAAGCCCAAUGAAGUGCGCGUUGGGGAUGUCGGCAGCGAUACCGACUCCAACGGCGGCACGCCCAAUCUGCAGUUGAAUCAAAUAGGAGGCGGUAACACCGGGCUUCCUUUCCAACUGAUAACCAAAGGCAAGCAGUCGCGCGGCGAGAAGAAGGCCAGGAAGAUCAUUCUGAAGCUCGGCCUCAAGCCGAUCCUGGGCGUCAACCGCGUGACCAUACGCAAGUCGAAGAACAUUCUGUUCGUGAUCAACAACCCGGAUGUGUACAAGAAUCCACACACCGACACCUACAUCAUCUUCGGAGAGCCCAAAGUCGAGGAUCUGUCGAAGCAGGCUAAAAUGGCUGCGGCAGAGAAGUUCAAGGCCGUGAAGGCUGCUUUGCCUAUGAAGCCAACCACUGUUGCCAAACCGCUGGCUCCCAUCGUUGAGAAGGAAGAGGAAGAGGUUGUGGAUGCUACUGGCGUCGACGAGAAGGAUAUUGAGCUUGUGCAAAUGCAGGCAAACACUACACGAUCCCAGGCUGUCAAGGCGCUGAAGAAGAACAACAACGACCUUGUCAACGCCAUCAUGGACCUGACCUUGACCUAAAGCCCACAAAAGGCGCCUCAUUUAGUUGUUAAGCAGACUUUUGAUACCCUAUUGAUCUAUAUUCUGUGCCUGUCCCUUCUGGGCAGCAAUCAACACCAACUCUCAGGCAUGUAAAUGUACUACACAGAAUAAUUGGAUCUUAAUAAAGGUGGACUUAAUUCAUAAAUUAA